CCAAACUUAUACUUAUAUCAAUUCAGAUCUCUACCUAUCCCAACAAUCCACACACAUCUAUCAAAAUGCCUCGUCAACGCCGCGGUGCCGCCCCUACCCCUGCGCGUAGCGCUCCCUCUCGCCCUACUGCUGCUCCUGCUCGCCCGGCCGCUCCCGCCCAGCAGCAGUCGCAGCCUCACUCGACCGCCGCCCACCCCCCUCAGGCCCAGCAGGCUCCUCCCAUGCAGCAGCAGAGUGCCGGCCCCGGUCUCUUCGGCCAGAUGGCCUCCACCGCUGCCGGUGUUGCUGUCGGUUCCUCCAUCGGCCACGCCAUCGGUGGCUUCUUCGGCGGCGGUUCCAGCGCCCCCGCUGAGGCCCAGCAGGCUCCCCCGCUCAGUCCCAGGCCAUGGACAGCGGUCUCUACCAGAGCAACGCCAGCCAGACUUCAUACGAGAACCCCGCCUGUGAAGUUGACGUCCGUAACUUCCGCAACUGCAUGGAUGAGAACCAGGGCAACCUCGGCAUCUGCGGUUGGUACCUUGACCAACUGGUAUGUUUACACUUUGCCUCGGCUUUCUCCUUUUUUUAUUGUUUCGUAUGCUAACUCCAUGCAGAAAGCCUGCCAGGCUGCCGCCAAGCCUUACUAAGGGUUUUAGAUCUCUCUUGGUGUGCUUGAUUGGAAAGACAGAUACAGUUCUAUCUAGUAAUAUGUGAUGGGAAUAUUCGGACUUGAUCGUUCGUAGACCACCUAUCUUUUGCAUAGCGAUCUUCACAUCGCCUCUUUGUACUCUAUACCAUCUCUCCUCGAUAAGGAAAUAAACAUUUGAUUGUAACCUUCACAAUCAAAAUUGAAUGCAUGAC